AAUCGAAGAAGAAGUUGUUGGUCAGCUGCCACAAACAGGCGGAAGAAGAGGCAGCUACAUAACUACAGACAAUUUAUAUUGAAUUAGUGUUGAUGUGUUUGGGGCAGCUGUCUUCUGUAACUGGCUGGUUGAGCUUUCUGUAGGAAGGCGCUCAGAGUCGCUCGGAACUUCCUGUCUGCGAUUAGUUUAGCGGAUUGACCGAGCUGCAGACAGCCUUCAAUCCGUCAGUUGGUUUCUUACAUUUUUCUGUCACUGUCAGGUUGUGCUGUUAUUUGUCAAAUAUGUCUGUGUUGCCUUCGCUAAUGUGCCGGCGGCAGUGAUGCGCCGCUGACGCCAUUAAAGCUCAGCUAGAGCCACACGAGAACCUUUGUCUCCUGGAUGUUCUCAGUGAAAGUAGCUGCGGGAACUUAAGGAACCGGUCCACUCGCCAAUGUUUUCUCUCUGUGCGGAGGAGACCUUCCAUAUAUUGAAUUGUGUUUCUUUUCCAGGUCUAGCUGAGCAACAUGGAGGAGACCAGCCGGGAGGCUGUGGCGACUGCAGUGCAGCGGGUGGCCGGCAUGCUGCAGAGGUCCGACCAGCUGGACAAAGUGGAGCAGUACCGAAGAAGAGAAGCACGGAAGAAGGCGUCUGUGGAGGCCAGGCUCAAGUUAUGGAAGACUUGGUCCUCCAUAGAUGGCAUCAUCAUGUACAAUACAGCAAAUACUUUUGCUUUUUAUGCAGCGAUCCAGUCCCAGUUAGAUGGUGUUCGCACAGGACUGACCCAGCUACAUACCGCUCUACUGGAUGUUAAGGACAUCCAGAGCUCCCUGGCUAAUGUGAGCAAAGACUGGAGACAGAGCAUCAACACUAUUGAGAGCUUAAAGGAUGUCAAGGAUGCCGUAGUGCAGCACAGUCAGCUAGCUGCCGCCGUGGAAAACCUUAAAAACAUUUUCUCUGUCCCAGAGAUAGUGCUGGAGACUAAGCAGCUGAUAGAGCAGGGUGAGCUGCUGCAGGCCCACAGGAAGUUGAUGGAGCUGGAGUGCUCUCGUGAUGACCUCAUGUAUGAGCAGUAUCGGAUGGACAGCAAGAACACCAGCGACAUGAACCUCAUCUCUAUCUACUUUGAAGAGGUUCAAGGACUCUCAGAUGAGCUUGCCAAGCAGUUAUGGAUGGUACUGCAGAGGUCCAUGGUAACCGUACGUCGUGACCCUACCAUGUUAGUGUCUGUGGUCCGCAUCAUUGAGCGAGAGGAAAAGCUUGAUCGGCGGAUGGUUGACAGAAAGAAGCAGACAGGCUUCAUUCCACCAGGGCGACCCAAGCGCUGGAAGGACAAGAUGUUUGAGGUGUUGGAAGGUACUGUCAGCACCCGCAUUGAAGGCACCCAGUCAGUGACCAGAGAGGCCGAUAAAAUGUGGCUUGUUCGUCUCCUGGAAAUAACCAGGAAAUAUGUUCUGGACGACCUUAUUAUUGUCAAGAACCUCAUGGUGCAGUGCUUCCCCCCACACUACAACACCUUCAACAGAUUCUUCAGCCUCUAUCACAAUGCUGUGUCCGCUCGUGUGAAGGAGCUGACUUUAGAGGAUUUAGAAGCUAAUGAAAUCGUGUCACUGCUGACAUGGGUUCUGAACACCUACAAGAGCGUUGAGAUGAUGGGACAUCCAGAUCUGAGUUCAGAGUUUGACAUCAAUCAGCUGGAGCCGCUGCUGCCACAGGAAGUAGUGGACGAUCUGCUGAGCAAAUACGUGAAGACUUUCACAUCUAAUAUAACAGGAUGGCUGCGAAAGGCCCUAGAAACCGAUAAGAAAGAUUGGCUGAAAGAAACUGAGCCUGAAGCAGACCAAGAUGGAUAUUACCAGACCACGCUGCCAGCCAUCGUCUUUCAGAUGUUCGAGCAGAAUCUGCAAGUUGCUGCCCAGAUAGAUGGAGACUUCAAGGAGCAGGUUCUUAAGCUUUGUCUGAAACAGAUGAAUUCUUUCCUUAUGAGGUAUCGCGAGGAGGUUGUUGCCUAUAAAGAGGAACAUCUGAAAGACAGACAACUGCCUCAGUGUUACAUCCAAUAUAUGAUUGCCAUCAUAAACAACUGUCAGACAUUCAAAGAGUCCAUCAACAGUCUGAAGAGGAAGUACUCUCAGUCCUCAGAGCCCUUUGACAGCGACAUUGCAAUUGAGAGGACCCUUGGUGAAGUAGUGAAGGAGGGCUGUCAGUUUCUGUUGGAUGAAGUCUUCUUGGACCUUGAGAAUCACCUGAAUGAGCUGUUGACAAGGAAGUGGCUGGCAGGUUCUCAUUCUGUGGACACCAUCUGUGUGACAGUGGAGGACUACUUCAAUGACUUCAACAAGGUCAAGAAACCUUUCAAUCAGGACAUGACCAACGAGGCCUUGCGCAGGGUGGUGGUAGAGUACCUGAAAGCAGUCAUUCAGAAGCGAAUCACCUUUAAAAAUGCUGACGAGAGGAAAGAGGGAGCAGAGAGGAUGAUCAAAGAAGCAGAACAGUUCAAGUUCCUCUUCAAGAAACUGGCAGCGGGCGAGAACACAGACCGCCUCUGUGGCUCCAUCACUGCCAUUGCUGAAGUGUUCAAGCUGACCGACCCCACACUACUCUUCCUGGAAGUCACCACCCUGGUCUCCAAAUACCCUGAUAUCAGGGAGGAUCACAUCCAGGCAUUGCUCGCUGUGCGCGGCGAUGCCAGCAGAGAAAUGAGGCAAAUGAUCAUUGGGACCCUCAGUGAGAACAAAGUAUCCUACUCUGGUUCCACACAACCCAUAUUCAAAGACAUUACUGUGCCCACCAUCACCAUGACAACUAUGACCACCAUGACCUCCAUGGCAACUGCAAAGCUGCUCAAAUAAAGCAAGACAGCCUGACGCCAAACCUAUGUUAAAUCACGAUAACACAAUGAAAGCUAUUUUUUCAAACAGUAUCUGUGAUCAUUUGGCUUGUUCUCAUCUGAUUUCCUUCUACUCUUUGUAUCGUUUAAAUAAAAACUUGACCCGUGCUUCCUUUAAAAACUCCUUAGAACUCAAUAAAAGCUGACCAAUAAACUG